AUGAAACAAAUAACGCGACCAUGUCGGAUAUUGUGGAAUUUACACCGGCAGAGGAAUAUGUUUAUGUAUUCACCGGAAACUAUUGUUCCUACUCUAACAUUACCAACUACUUAUACACCACUAGAGCAAUCAUUUAAAUCAGUACGAUAUUUCUCACAACAGGGACAGCAUCAUUCGAGGCCUAGAAAUUUCUUGAAAAAUUUAGUGGAAAACAUACGAGAAGAAUUUGAAAAAAAUAAAGAAUUGCAGGAAAAUAAACGACAAUUGGAUGAAAGAUUGAGAAGUUUAAAUGACAGCGAAGCUCUAAAAGAAGCUAGGAGGAAAUUUGAAUUAAUCGAGAAAGAGACUUUGAAGAGUUCGCAAGUUAUUCAGAACAAGAUCAGCGAAGUCCGCCAUCAUAUAUCAAAGAUGGUAGUGGAAGUGCAGAAAACAGAAGCAGGAAAAAAGCUUUCUUUCGCUGCAGAAGAACUAUUGAAGCAGGCGAAAACUGCUGCAGAAAUGAUCGAAAAAGCAGCAGAACAAGUUGGGGAUAACCAAUUGUAUCAGACUGUUAGCUCAUCAGUGAAAAUGAUCAAAGACGAGGUUGAUAAUAUUGUCGAUGUACGAAUGUAUACUCGACCAGAUCAAUUAAGAAUGCGCUCAGCAUCUUUUUCUACUUGCACUGAUCGAGUUGUGGAAGCUAAUUCAAAUGCAACUGGUGUAGAGCUGCAUAAAGAAUCCAAAUGGUAUGCUGGCUGGAAAACUUUUUCCGAAAAUAAUACUUAUUAUAAUAAAAUACUGGACUGGAAAAUGCGUCUGGAUGAAAGCGAUAAUUUGGCACUGAGAAUGGUGCGCGGCUUCACAGACAAAGUUUCCUCACUGCUCGGAGUUCGUAGUGAAAUAUCGGAAGUGCUUUCUGAAAUUCAAAAAGUUGAUCCGAAUUUCGAUAAAAAUGAAUGGCUACGUUUUUGCGAAAAAGAAAUAAUCCCGAAUGUUCUGGAAGCAUUUAUUCGCGGUGAUUUGAAAAUUCUCAAAGAUUGGUGUUACGAAAGAGCUUAUAAUAUUUUAUCAGCAAUUAUCAAUGAAUAUAAAAAAAUCAACUUUAGUACAACAGACAGUCGCAUCAUUGAUAUCGAUAGCGUUGAGAUGGUUACUGGUAAAAUGAUGGAACAAGGGCCAGUGAUAAUAAUCACGUUUGAAGCUUAUAUGGUGAAUGUUGUCAGAAAUAUGGAGGGAAAAGUUGUCGAAGGUGAUCCGAAUAGUUCGGUACGUGUUCAUCAUGUAUGGGUAAUGUGUCGUGAUAUGGAAGAAUAUAACCCAAAGGUGGCAUGGAAAGUGCUUGAGGUACACAUGCAAAGGGGUAAUCUAGCAUUAUAA